ACACUGUCUGAGCUGCGUGUGAGGAGCACAACACAAGGAUCCAAGUUUGCUCUGAAUUUCAAGCUUCUUCUAAACCAAAUAAAUGCACUUUUAAGACAAUUUGAUUGAGUUUUAUAAGACAAUUGGGUUUUGUGCCAAUAUUUUUCUUUACAAAGCUUUUACAACUCAACAUGUCUAUGCUCAUUUAUAGCUGCUGAGACUAUCUUCUUUGGAGACAAUGGACCGGUGGCUAACGAGGAAGCGAUGGACGUUCACUGGGCAGGUUGUCUUUUUGCUCUUGUGUGCGUGCGCACUGGACCGGGUUUUGGCGCAGAUUCGAUAUUCCAUUCCCGAGGAGUUGGAACACGGGGCUUUUGUUGGGAAUAUCGCUGAAGACUUGGGUUUGGACGUGGCCAAAUUAUCUUCAAGGAGAUUUCGGAUAGUGUCCGGGGCAAGAAAACAAUAUUUAGAGGUGAAUUUGGAGAACGGGAUUUUGUUUGUGAAUGAAAAGAUUGACCGUGAGGAGCUCUGUGAACAAAGUCCUGUUUGUUUCUUACACUUACAAGUCGUUAUUGAGAGCCCUUUGGAAUUGUACCGGGUUGAAGUUGAAAUCUUAGACGUCAACGACAACGCUCCCAGUUUUCCGUGGAGCGAGUUUAAUCUGGAGAUCACGGAGUCCGCUACGCUGGGCUCUCGGUUCCCGCUGGAGAGCGCGCAGGAUCUUGAUGUGGGCUCGAACUCUCUUCGCUCGUACUUGCUGAGCUCCAACCAACACUUCUUGCUUGAUAUUCAGACUCGUAACGACGGCAGCAAAUUCGCAGAACUUAUUCUGCAGGUGCCGUUAGACCGAGAGAAACAAAAGACGCACGAGAUGGUGCUCACGGCUGUGGACGGUGGCUCUCCUUUGCGCUCGGGCACGGCUCAGAUAACGGUCACUGUGCUGGAUGCGAAUGAUAACGUACCGGUGUUCGACCAAGCCGUAUAUCGGGUCAGCUUGGUGGAGAAUGCACCACGAGGCACGCUCGUGCUCAAACUGAACGCCACGGACCUGGACGAAGGAGCCAACGGCGAGAUUACCUAUUCGUUUAGCGGGCACGCGCCGCUGAAGGUGCGAGAGCUGUUCAGCGUGGACUCUCAUUCGGGUGAGAUUCGGGUGAAGGGAAUAGUGGACUACGAAAAAGCCAGUGUGUAUGAGCUCUACGUACAGGCAAAAGACAAAGGGCCUUCAGCCGUGGCUGUGCACUGUAAAGUACUGGUCGAUAUUCUAGACGUGAACGACAAUGCGCCCGAGGUCAUAUUAACCUCUGUGUCAACACCUGUUCAGGAGGACGCGCCACCGGGCACUGUGAUAGCCGUAAUAAGCGUUAUGGACCGUGACUCUGGAGAGAACGGGGCUGUCGACUGCCAGGUUCCCGGUAACGUGCCUUUCCAGCUGCACUCCUCUUUUAAAAACUACUACACACUUGUAACCAGUGAGUUUCUGGACAGAGAAUAUGUCACCGAGUACAACAUCACCCUGACCGCUCGAGAUCUGGGCUCGCCGCCGCUGUCCACCAGGAAAACGAUUUUAGUGCAAGUGUCUGAUAUAAACGACAACCCUCCGCGUUUCAUCCAGCCGUCCUAUACUGUAUAUGUGACCGAGAAUAACGCCCCGGGCUCAUCCAUUUGCUCGGUGACCGCAGUCGAUCCAGACUCUAACCAAAACGCGUAUUUGUCCUACUCCAUACUGGAGGAUCAGAUUCAGGGCAUGCCUGUGUCCACUUAUGUCUCGAUCAAUUCAGAUAACGGGAACAUAUACGCGCUUCGCUCUUUCGAUUACGAACAGCUCCGAAACUUCCAGAUACGCGUACAGGCGCAAGACGCGGGCUUUCCUCCGCUCAGCAGCAACGUGACCGUCAACGUCUUUGUUUUGGAUCAAAAUGACAACGCACCUGUCAUCCUCUCACCGCUACCGAAAAACGGUAGUGUAGCUAAUGAGGUGGUGCCCAGGUCGGUGGACGCAGGUUAUCUUGUGUCUAAAAUCACGGCGCUAGAUGCGGACGCAGGGCAAAACUCUCGCCUAUCAUAUCAGGUGCUCCAGGCGACCGACCCCGGACUGUUUAGCGUUGCGUUAUAUACCGGCGAGAUAAGGACGAUCCGCCGCUUAGUGGACAAAGAUGCCAGCAGGCAAAGACUUGUUAUACUCGUCAAGGACAACGGGCAGCCUCCGCUCUCGGCCACCGUGUCCAUCAUUUUGUCGGUGGUUGACAGCGUGCCGGAGUCGCUGUCCGAAUUCGGUGACCUCUCGCUCAGCCCCCAGCCCUCGUCUAAUCUAGCACUCUAUUUAAUCGUGUCACUGAGCACGGUCUCGCUCAUCUUCCUGGUGGCCAUAAUCGUUUUGGCGGCUGUGAAAUGCUACAAGGAUCGAGAUUCUCUCGGCGGUUACGCGCUCUCCUCGCUCAGUGCCGCCUGCUGCAGCUUUGAAUCGGAGCCGCCCGCUGAGGUAUUCAAAAAGUCUAACAUCAACCUGCAGAUCUCCGCCGGCGCGAAAGUACCCACGAACUGCGUGGAGGUAAACAGCAAUACUGGAAAUCUCUCUCAAGCUUACUGCUACAAAGUGUGUUUGACGCCCGAAUCUGCAAAGAGCGACUUUAUGUUUCUUAAGCCUUGCAGUCCCGGUACGCCGAGAAAUAACGCGACGAAAGGAGCGGAUAACCUGGCGCUGAGCUCACAGAGCCGCUGCUCGUCCGUGAACAACGGUGCGACUACACCAAACGAGCUGAAGCAAGCAAACACAGACUGGGCCCUCAUGAAGAACCAAACCUCUUCUCUGAAAAGCUGUAACUCUAUUAACAUGGACGGAACUGUAAUGCGUAAGGCCAUGAAGGCAGAACCAGAAAAUUAUAGCCAAAUGGCUACAGGACAGUAUUGGACGUGGGGAAACCGCUCGAGAGAGUACCGGAUGCAUUCUCCAGCAGGUGGGGUCUCUCAGAGGGUGUGGACCCCUCAUUACACACCUCCACGUAACCCCACCCAUCCUCCUCCUCCUCCGCAGCAGCCCACAGCGCAGGCACCCCCACACCCUCCGCCAGACUACCAGCAUAACGUCUAUAUCCCUGGCACGCCGUCCGGUUUCUGUACCCUGCGCCCAAGUUACCGCAGCGAGCUUGAUGUUCACAACGCAUUCUCAACCUUUGGAAAGAAACGAAGGUUCAUCUCGCCCAGCAGCUUCGACCCGUGUGACGACACAGGGGCAGAGGUCAUCAACAAUGACUUAUAUAACGAAUAGAAUUACCUGGAUGACGUGUUGGAAUGACAUGAUGGAGAAAGAGGCGACUUGUUAUUUUGACCAAAGCAUAGCAAUCAUCAUUUAGCAACCGUCGCUCGCUAACCUACUGAUACGUUUUGCACACAAAACAGCACUCGUGGAAAUCAGGAAUUCCAAUCAUAUAGUUUGGUUGCAGUGCAAGAUCGGGUUUGAAAGGGAUCCCGGGUUUGUGAAGCUUUAAAUCUCUACAAGAUAUUCAGCGUUUUAUGUGAGGCUAAAAAAUAAUAAUAAUAGAAAUUCAUGAGCAGAACUGUAUAUUCCGCUUUGUUUCUGCUGCAAAAUAAUUCUUACUUGAUGGACUUUUGGUUUUACAUAGACCAACAAGCCAUGUUAAAAUGUUUUUUUUUUCUGCACUGGUCUGUUAUUAUGGUAUAAUAUAUUACCCGACCCCCCAAAAUUUUUUGUACAACUCAAGGAACUCCUGAGCAAUUCUCAAGUUGCCAAGUUGCAACCAGAUUGAACGUUUUCUCAUGUAAUGGGCAGAAAACCAAACUUCUAUGUCACAAUGGCACUCUGAUGGUUGUGUUUGGCAACGCUGUGCUCACUCUGUCAAUGCACUUUUUCUCUUAUUAUGUGUCUGUGUGGUUCAUUUGCAGGCUUGCUUAAGAAGGACUGUUGUAUUUCAUCUGUCAGGAGAGAAAUAGUUGAACUGAGCUGCUGGACCAGAUACAAAAACACUAAAACAUUUAAUAGCCAUUCUUUUGUUAUUUCAGGGACAGAAUGAAGCAUCAUCUGACGUUGUUUUGUAAUUGAUUGUGAUUUGAUGUCUCGGUCACACCAGGUUUGGAGGUAAAAUGUCAUUUACCAAUAGAAUAGUAGCAGUAAAAAGUAAUGCCAGGCCUGAAAUCAAUCCUGAAUAUGAACAUGAUUAUUCUUUUAUUAGAUUUUCUUGUUACUUUGACAAUCAUUGCAGCCAAAAUGCGAUUAUUACAUGCCCUUGCACACAAUGUGAACUAAUGAACAAACAGAAUGGUCACUAGUGGCUGACGGAAAAAAAUGAUGAAUGAAUCCCAUUCAUCGAUCUGUAUAUGAUUACUGAUGAAGGAACGUAUGGAUCAGCUUUUAGACACAUCACUGCCUCAUGAGGGAG